UUAUUUUACCCUCUUUUAGAUGUACUAAGUGAAAGUCUACCUACCCCUGUCACUAUUGAGCUGAACAAGAUGGCGGUUCUCUCACAAGUUUGUAUUGAAAUACUGGAGUGUGUACUGACCCAUCGGACAACAUUCAAGUCCACUGGGCACUCUGCUGAAGAUGUGUUGGAUGUGAGAUUUAGCAGAAGUGAAAACACUGGGUGCAAUAAUGUGAAUUUCAAAGUCCAGGGAACAUGGACGAGUUUUCUGUCUUGCAAAGGUGUAUUAGAUGGUUGUCCAAGUUUGGCCUCAGUUCUUGAUGAGGGUGUUCCCAUAACUACGGGAGAGACCGAUGCUAGUGGUGAUGCUGCCUGUAUGAGAUACAUAGCAGUGAACCAGUCAAAAGAAGAUAGGUACACCAUUACCAUGCAUAGUGGACGACUUGAUGUCUGUCAUGAAGAAACUGGUCUAGCUGUAGAGAAUACACAAACCGAUGUCACCAUUACAUUGAAAUGUCCGGGUAGAAUGGAAGAUCUGGCAAAGUGUUGCUCAGAUGUAAGGAAUUUCUUGUUCAAGUUCAAGCUGGUUCAUCCAUUGAUUGCAGUUGGACUUUCUUCAGAAUGUGACAAGCUGGAUUUCAAGAACUUUGAGAAAAGGAAAUUUGAAUUUGCUUCAAUUUGCCAUGGAAUAGACAUUAUCACUGACCCAAGAUAUUUCUUAAUCCCAGACGGGGUCCAGGGUGCCCCCUGUCAUCACCUCAGGCCGGUAUCAGAGGGGAGUUUUGUCUUCCUCUUGCCCUCCCUCAGCUCCAGUGAGUCAUGCUUCUCUGCCAGGUGCGUGGCCGUAGCAACCCUCAUUCCGCCGCGGUCGCCCCUGCAGGCCCGGGCUGCCACCCCUUCGCAGCUAUGGCUCAGCGUGUACGGGCCGGGAAGUUUCCCAUUAGCUCAUCCUGCCUCCAGCCCGAUGGAGACUUGGCUUAAUCUAAAGCGUCUUGUCAAGUGGAAAGAAUUGGGCUUAGCCCCGGCGGCGGGCGGAGAGAUGGGGGCGGGGCCUGGAUCCCCGAGCCCACCAAUCAGAGAUUGCUUCAAAGCGGACCUCCAAACCACUUUCUAUGGCUGUACCAACCCCGGUGAACCUCUCCAUAUCAUCCAUCUGAUCCUGCUUUUCAAGGAGAACUUCAAGGGAUCUUCAAUGACUGUUCAGGACAGGCUAGAUCUCUUGAAUCGGGUGCGGCAGGAGUUUCCUCACAUCUGCACCCAACAACUCUCCAGGAUCCAGAAGAUUAUCCAUGACACGUUGGCCAAGCUCCUCGGCUCAUCUCGACCAGCCAGAAAAGAUAGAGAAGCCAUUAUGAAAUCUGCAGUGCCCUCCAUCAAAUCAUCCCUCCAUAAGAUCAUUAGCCACAGUGCAAAUGAUACAUUUAGACGAAGGUGUUUGGAUGCUAUGCAGGCCGAUUCAUGCAUGGAACUGACCGACCGAUUAUCUGACCACCUCAACGUGCUGUGUGAAAGGCAUAACAGUCAACACAGGAAUUUUCAUUCUCAGAGUGCCGUCGGCAGCCAGGGUCAAUUUCCUUACGAGGGUGAUGAUGAGGAUGGGGGAAAGGUCCCAUCGGAUGACUUCAAUCUGGCCUCCUCCUCCUGCUGGAUGCCUCAAGAAAGUGCCCAAGAAACUGUCUUGACAGAGAAAAACGAAGAUGAUGCAGAUUUCGAUCUCCUGGAUGAGACGAGACCUCUGCCCUCUGACUCUGUAAGAGUGAGCCAAGGUGGUAUUCCUGCAAGCCACAAGGUGUCCCAUCCGUCAUCAUGUCAACAGACUAACCAAGACCAGUCAGCCUUAUUCUUGAAGACUCUACCAAACAAACCAUCAAACUUUAUGUUGUCUCAGGUGUCUCUACCAGGUCAGCUUCCUUCAUCACUAGAGGAGAGGCAGGCGAGGCCUUCAGGAAUGGGACAAUUAGACCCACGGUUUUCAGAAGCAAGACUAUCAACAUCAAUGACUUCGGAAGCAAGGUUGUCGUCAUCAAGAUUGCUAGAAACUAGAAAAUCAGCACCACAGUUUUCAGAAGUAAGGUCAUCAUCAUCAUCGAGACCGUCAGAAACUAGGCAAUUGGAUUCGCAAUUUUCAGAAACAUUGUUUUCAUCAUCAAAGUUUUCAGAAACAAGAGCGUCAUCAUCAUCUUCAAAAUUUCCUCAAGUGAGUCAUCCAGGAUCAAACAAGUGGACUUCAGUCUCACCUUUGUCAGCAGAGGAAAGAAAGAAGAGAUCUUUAGAAAGGUGGCCAUCAGCACAACAGUCUUCAGAAGCAAGGAUGCCAUCAUCGUCAGAACUUUCUGAAGCGAAUCCUCCAGCAUCAAGCCAGUGGACUUCAUGCCCGUCUACACUAUUAUCAUCAGAAAUCCUACGUCACUAUCAGACAUGUGAUGGUGACAGCAAGCAUACAGAUGGGAUGAGUGCUUCAUCAGGGAAACCUGAGGCAAGACCAGUCCUUGGCGAUGCGGAGGAAGAUGGGGUCAAAGACAAUGAUGUGCAGGUGAUGCAAGAGCACCUUGCUGGUGAGGUGGGUAACGACUGGUUUGAGACGUUGAUGGAUCAUGAUGACUGGAUGAAUAAUGAGAUCUGAUGGCAUUGAUGCUAGACAUCUUGACAGACCUACGAUGUCAAUCAACCUACCCAGACAUCUUUUAGUCAUUCAGAGGGAUCUCUCUAGUCCGUGGACAUCUGCUACUGAUGACCUCUUCAAGACAUUCCAUUUUCACAGAAUCGGUCUCUCUUUUUUCUCUCUUUCUAUAUUUCUCUUUCUCUUAUUUCUAUUUCUCUGUGACAAAAAAAUUAUUGAAGACAUGUUUAAUGUGUCAGCAAUAUGUUUCUCCUGUUCAAGUUUUUUACAUGGGUGCUGAGUACAUAUGUUAAGUGUUCUCUGACAUUAAAGAGCAUUAAAAAAAUAUACUGAGAGUGGGCACAUGCAACUUUAUGUAUAUCUGGCAAUCUUGGCAGCAUUACGCAUGUCAGAGCUUGGUGCUUUUUCCCUCUUUUUCUUUUGCAAUGUACCAAGUGCUCGGAACAUCUUGCCACUUAAUCCAUAUAAAGGGAAGUAUUUAAUUAAAGGCUAUGCAACUAAUUAUUUUGUGUAAGGAUGAGUCAAGUAGGCAGGUGGGAAAUUAAUUAUUUAAAAAAAAUUGUGGGAGUUUUUUUAACAAAGUCAUUAUUGUGUUGUAUUAUUUUUUGCAUUGUACUGUAUGCACUGAUAAUCUAUUGAGCUACUUCAAGAAAUAUAUCUAUUCAGCGAAUGAUUUCAAACAGAGCUUAAUAUACUUGUAUGCAUGGAUACAUGUAUAACUCGAAAAGCGUUUUACUUUAAGCUAAAUGGUGAAGAAAUGUUUAUGGUGGAAGAAAAAUGUUCAUUAAAUUAAAAGCUUUCCUAAUCAUUUGUGUCUGGCUAAUCAUUUUGUUUUGUUUAAGUGUAUUUUAAAUUGUAAUUUAAACAUUUAGAGUGUGUGGGUCAUUUUAUAUUGGACACUUCCUAUUUCUGUGUUACAAAUGAACCAAUUGAUGACUAGCUAGAAGGAAAUAUGUUUUCAAUUACUUUUUAU